AUGUUCGUCCCCUCCGGGGACUCGGUCCCCGACCUCGCGGGGUGCACCCUCCUAAUGCCAGCAGUAUCUGUUGGAAAUGUUGGCCAGCUUGCAAUAGAUCUGAUUAUUUCCACACUGAAUAUGCAUAAGAUUGGUUACUUCUAUACUGACUGUCUUGUGCCAAUGGUUGGAAACAAUCCAUAUGCAACUGCAGAAGAGAAUUCAGCGGAGCUCAGUAUAAAUGCUGAAGUGUAUGCAUUGCCUUCAAAGAAACUAGUGGCUCUUCAGUUAAGAUCCAUUUUUAUUAAGUAUAAGUCAAAGUCAUUCUGUGAAAAACUGCUUUCCUGGGUGAAAUGCAGCGGCUGCGCAAAAGUGGUGGUUCUUUCUAGCAGCCACUCGUAUCACCGCAAUGACCUCCAGCUGCGCAGUACCCCCUUCAGGUACCUUCUUACACCUUCCAUGCAAAAAAGUGUUCAGAAUAAAAUACAGAGCCUCAACUGGGAAGAAAUGGAAAAAACCCCAUGCAUUCCUGAAAUAGAUGAUUCUGAGUUUUGUGUCCGUGUCCCUGGAGGAGGGAUCACAAAGAUGCUCUAUGACGAAGGCUGUUCUAAAGAAAUCCCAAUUGCGAUUCUGCUGAAGUUCGUUUCAGAGGGAGACAAUAUCCCAGAUGCUCUGGGUCUGGUUGAAUAUCUUAAUGAAUGGCUUCAGAUAAUCAAACCACAUUGUGAGGACCCCACAGCAUCUUCCCUGCCCUGGAAAAUGCCGAGUUCCUGGAGGUUACUCUUUGGCAGUGGUCUUCCCCCUGCGCUCUUCUGA